AUAAAAAAGUAACUGGUACAUAUCCACAUUUCAAUGAUGCCCCCAUAUUAUCUGUAGUCCAGGUCUUCCUUUGUCACCCUCCAUUCCCAAUCUCUUUCUCCAGUCCGAUAGAAACCAUGGCUGAUCUGAUCCUCGGGAGCAUCGUGGAUUCCAUCGCUGGACAUCUCGUUUCCCUCAUUGCCCAGGAGAUUGGUUUAACAUGCGGUGUCAAACGCGAGCUCCAGAAACUCCAGGGCACUGUCUCUGCUAUUGCUGCUAUGCUUCGUGAGGCUGAAAAGAGACGGAUCGAGGCUGAGGACGUGAAAGACUGGCUUCAGAAGCUGAAAGUUGUGGUUUACGAUGCUGACGAUCUGUUGGAUGACUUCUCCACUGAAGCCCUGCGUCGUCAGAGAGUGGUGGGAGGAGUUAAGCGAGUUCUGAAUGAGGUGCGUAUCUUUCUCUCCUCUUCUAAUCAGCUUGUUUAUGCCAGUAUGAUGGCACAUCGAGUCAAGGAGAUUAGAGAGAAGAUCGAUGCCAUUAAGAGUGAUAGGUCUGACUUUAAGGUCGAGGGAAACGAUGGUAAUAAUACACUUGGAAAUUUGGUGGAGAACCAACCUAGGCCGGAAACGCAUCCGUACAAGCGUGAACGAUAUGUGGUUGGAAGAGAUGAAGACAUAAAAGAAGUCAUCGAGUUUUUACUCAAUCCUGAUUUUGAGGAGAAUGUAUCUAUCCUACCUAUAGUUGGGAUUGGAGGCCUCGGGAAAACGACUUUAGCAAGACAGGUAUUCAACAAUGACAGCAUUAAGGAAUAUUUCUCUGUUAAGCUUUGGGUUUGUGUGUCCACAAAUUUCGAUGCGGAGGAAAUUAUGAGGAAGAUAGUGCGAGAAUCCACUCCUGGCAAGGAAGAUCUCAAGGGGGCUGAGUUGGCAAAAAAGCUGGGAGAAGAGCUCGAUGGGAAGAAGUUUUUACUUGUGUUAGAUGAUGUAUGGAACGACAAUCGGUCUAAGUGGUUGGACCUUGAAGGAUCUCUUAUGAAUGGUGCAAAAGGCAGUAAAAUACUAGUGACCACUCGCCAUCUUAGCGUGGCCAAAGCUAUGACACCAACAACAUGUCAUGAGUUGAGGGGCUUACCUGAGGAUCAGUCGCUCGAUUUGCUAAUGCGAAUGGCAGGGAAGCAAGAAUACGAGUGGAAAACUCAUAAUUUAGAAGAGAUCGCAAAAGAAAUUCUGAAGAAGUGUGCUGGAGUUCCCCUUGCAAUCAGGACGAUUGGGCGACUGCUGGUAUCUUUGGGAAAUACGGAGGAAGUCUGGUUGAGCUUCAACAAUAAUGAAUUAUCGAGAAUAGAUCAGGAUGAAGGUGAUAUCAUGCCAUCGCUAAGGCUAAGCUAUGAUUUUCUGCCAUCACAUUUGAAGCAGUGCUUUGCUUACUGCUGCUUGUUUCCAAAAGAUUACGAGCUAGACCCAUCUGAGCUCAUUCAUCUUUGGAUGGCACAGGGAUUUAUCAAACCCCUGGGCAAUAGGAAGACCCAGCUCGAAGAAGUCAGCCAUGAUUAUUUUAUGGAGCUGCUUUCGAGAUCCUUUUUCCAGGACAUAGAAGAAGAUCUUGAUGGCAACAUUUGGAGAUGCAAAAUGCAUGAUUUGAUGCAUGAACUCGCACAGUCAGUUGCACGAGAUAAUUGCUUCACCAUUGACAGCUCCCAUGAGAAAAAGUUACCAGAAGGAGCUCGCCACGUCUCCACCGAUGAUCUGGAUGUGUUGAAAAGCCGAUUUGAGAAAGACAGAAGAAUAAGGUCCCUGCUUUUCACCAACGAGAGAAACUUUACUAAUAUUUAUUUGGAUGUCUCAUGUUUCAGAAUUCUACGGGCGCUACGUAUUCGUGAAGCUUGCUUAAAUGAGAUAUCCGGUUCAAUCGGUAAACUGAAGCAUAUGAGGAGCCUCGAUCUAUCAGGGAAUGCUUUUCAGUAUCUUCCGAACUCUAUUAGCGGGUUGUGCAAUCUAGAGACGCUUAAUCUUGGAGAUUGUAAGCGUCUAAAGAGAUUACCCAGAGGCCUGACGAAGUUGGUUAAUUUGAGGCAGCUUGAUGUGAGUGGGUGUGAUGAGUUAACACAUAUGCCAAGGGGGAUUGGGAAGUUGACUAAUCUGCAAAUGCUAGGUGAAUUUAAGGUGGGGAAGGAUUCGAUUCGAGAUGCUGCUGCAGGGUUGAAUGAGUUGAGCAAACUUACUGGAUUGAGGAAAGAAUUAACUAUCCGACACUUGGAAAGAAGUGUUCCGAGCGGGUUGGAAGCUUCCUUCCCAAUUGAGAAGUUAGCUCUCCAAUCGUUGAACCUAAUCUGGGACCCUGAAAAGGCUACGGAGGCUGAUGCAGAAGUUUUAGAAAGACUUCGGCCCCAUCCAGAUCUAAAGAAAUUGAGGAUAUUCGGAUACAGUGGUGUCCAGCCUUCAUCCUGGAUUUCUCAACUUCAUAAACUAGUCGAAAUUUCCUUUUAUUCUUGUGAUAACUGCGUGCGUCUACCACCUCUAGACCAGCUGCCUUCACUCAAAAGAAUCUACUUACUUGAGUUGAGGAAUUUGCAGUGGAUAGAAUUGUCGGAGAGUGAGAGUGGGACGCCUCAGUCUAAUUCCUUUCCAUCCUUACAAUUUAUACAGGCGGGUGAUUUGCCUAAAUUUAGGGGAUGGGAGAGGAGGAGCAGCAGUAGAAUUGAACAAGAGGAAGAAGCUAUUCAGGAGGAGGUGGACGAGGAUGAUGAUGAUGAUUCCUUAUUGAUGCUCCCCGUGUUCUCUGACAAGGUCUGGGUCAUCACAUAUGGAUGCCCAACAUUCUCAUACAUGCAUGGUCAAGAGCUGCAUCUGACGGAAACCUCAACCAGAAUUAUAAAGCAGCUUUUGAGGAAUGUAACUAUACGCCAUGCUUCAGCAUCAUCGUCGUCGUCGUCGAGGAUCACUUCGAUCUCCCUAUCUUCUAUAUCUCUCCUCGCACUGACCCGCCUCACCAUUUCUCAAGUGGAGAACUUCGAGCACUUGCCGGUGGAGUUCCUUCAGUCCCUACCGUCUCUCCAGUCUCUUGCAAUCAGUGAUUGCCCUCGCCUGAAAGCUCUCCCUGUGCGGGCUAUCCUCCGAUACCUAACUGCCCUCGAGUCGUUAGAGAUAUCCUACUGUCGAGAACUUGACUUAUCGACGGGGGAGUCAGGAUAUCAAGAAGACAUGCCUGAAGGACCAGCUUGUAAACUCCGAGAGUUGGAAUUCGUGUCGAUUGAAAAAAUGGAGACUCUCCCAUGGUGGAUUCAGCACCUCACCAACCUCGAAAGCUUAAAAAUUGGAUCUUGCGAGGAUCUGAAGGCUUUUCCUGAGUGGUUUCCACAGCUUACCUCACUCAAACGUCUUGAGAUUUCAAAUUGCGGGGAAGAGCUGAGAAGAAGGUGCAGAAGGGACAUCGGAGAGGACUGGCCUAAUAUUUCUCACAUCCCGGACAUAAAUGUGUGGCCUCCAGAGAAGAUAUGAAAGGCCUUUUACUGCUGAGUGAUCUCACUGUCGCGGUUCAGUACUUUUGUCAAGAGGGGGAAGUUUAAAUGUCUCAUUUAAUAACUUUGAUCAAUGAAGCUUGUUCUUAUUCCACUCAGCUCCCGGAAGUAUUUUACUUUCUGUAAGCUAUCGAGAUCUUUUUAUCUGAAGCUCACAAAUCCAUCGUCUGAAGUCGAGUUUCUGGAAGAGGGAUUGAUGAGUUACUGAUUUUGUUGUACGAACUUCCGAACUUCAGCAUAUGUGAAGAGGUUGGAUAAAUUUUAUCUUCACGAGCAUUCCCGUUCCAGAUGGAAAGGCUUUGUCACUCGCUAGGUGGCCGGAUGCAUGGAGAGAUGUUCUCGGGGACAAAUAGUGUGACCUCCCAAGCUACAUUCUUUUCAUGCUUUCUGCACUUUAUUUCGCUGGCACUCAUUGUUUCCUGUCAAUGCAGCCGGUUAGAAG